AUGUUUGGACGACAAAUUUUUUUGGAACCUGUAGAUAACCAACGCAAUCACGGACAUAAUGAAUUUAUUCGUCAAUUUUCCGCAAAUCAAAGAAAUGGAAUACCAUUCGCGGAAGUAUUAAAUGUGCCAUCUUUAAGGAAUGACGGACUAAUGCUAGAUUUAAAUUUCAUUCUUGUCGAAGACAACGAUCAUGGGCAACCAAAUAAUCUUUAUUUUCGAACCAACCGUGGAAAUAUACCUAAUCGAUAUUUGUUGGAAUAUAUAAGGCAAAUGGAAGAAAGAUACCUAAUUAUGGAAAAGGAAUUGACAAGAGCAAAAAUGUUGAUUCCCAUAAUAACUCGUAACACUAAUGUUGUACAUCAAUCGUCACAAACGGAUGUAAAUUGGAAACAAUGUUCUCUUACGAAAUAUGGACAUUUUCUUGGAACUUCCUCGAAAAAUCAGUACAAAAAGAAUCAAGAUCAGAUGAACGUUUCGUCAAAAAAGAAAUAUUAUACUACGAAAAGAAAUAAAGAUUCGGUUGACAAAUUCUUAACUGAUUCAAAUUGGAUUAAACAUAGAAAUUUAUCACAGAAUUUACAGAAUGAUAUUUAUCCUAUGAAAGAGCCCGAUAGCAACGAAUUUCGAUCUGAAUCAAAAACAUUAACUAAUAAUUCAACCGCAGUUUGUUCGAUACACAAUAUUGCUAUGAUCCUUUCACAAAAUUCAACCCAAUUGACCAAUUUGUCGAGUCAUGAACAAACUAAUUUUAAAGCAAACAGUGAUAUUCAUAAAGAUGUGGAUAAAUGUGAUCUUCGUGACUCACAAAUUAUUUUUGGUAAUUCAACAAGGCAAUUAGGUUCUUUUGAAACACAAAAGACAUCGAUGGAAGUAUGCCAAAGCAUCGACAAGAAAUACGAACCGGAAACACCGUGCUGUACCGACUUCGAUGUUAAACAUGAAGAUUAUGCGCAGACUAAACUUGCUGUAAAUACCCCAGAUUUUCGACCAAUAACGAGAUCAAAGUUUAAUAACGAUAUUUCCGGUCAGGCUACAUCUCAUAAUCCAAAUUUAACUAAAUACAAUACAAAUUUCGACGAAAAGUGUAUUAACCGUAAUUGUUGGACGAAUUACGCGAAGUUACCUUAUGAAAGAACACGUUGUACAAAUGAUUCAUCAAGGCAGUUUACGCGCAUCGUUAAGAAGCAAAAGAAAGAAACAUACAAGAAAAUUCCAACUCCGCGUAGCAACGUACACACAGCUUACACUCCCAUGGUUCAAUCCUCUAGCUGGAAUCCUAUUUUAGAUCCCAAUGGCUUUACCAUACAGUUAUUGAGGCUUGCAGUAUUACUUUACGCUCCCAUACUGAUGCCGGCAUUAAAUUCAUUAAUUGCGCAGCAAAGUACUCAAACGACAAUUCCAAUUCCAAUCCCUUGUACCGAAGGAUCUAACGAUUUGCUAACGCAAAUUUUUACAAUUUUGACUAGUCAGCAAUGUGUUCCAAAUUUACCGUAUGUACCAAAUUCUAGAAUGGACGAAAACCCUCGACAAUCUCAAGAAUCGAAUCCACAUAAUUUAUCGUCGUAUUCGAAUUCGCUUCCUAAGGACCUUUCGAAGCAACUUCGAAAUGAUACUUGUAAUGUGAAAUCAUUCGAGAAAAAGCAGUUUGAAAAGAAUUCAAUUGCUGUGAAUACUUCUUUAGAAAUAUGUAGUUGUAAGAACGUGAAACCAUCAUCUUCACAGUAUAGUAGAAAUACCUUACGUGAUCAGAUAGAAGAGGAUGAAAACUUGAUAUAUACAUGGAUAGACAAAGAAUCAAAAUUAUCAGAAACUGAAGUACUAGAAAAAACAAUGCUGCAGUGCGAACGGGGAAAGGAGAAUAUUUUAGAAAAAGAAGACAAAAAUUCCGAGUUCUCUUACGAUUUGUCAACUCAAGCAGACACUGACGAUUGGAACCAGGUUGUAAUUAACGAUAUUUGGGGUUUGUAA